AUCUUCUGUUUGCAAGACUGCCUGUGCAAACUGUUUCGGAUAAUCUUGAUCUCAGAGAUGACUCGCGUCUUAGAAGCCUGGAUAUAAGAUGUAUACGGAGCUUAAAUGGAUGCAGAGUUACUGAUGAAAUACUGCAUCUAGUACCAAAUAAAGAGAACUUCCAGCUCACACUCCGUGCAAUUAAACUGUGGGCAAAACGACGUGGUAUUUAUUCCAACAUGCUGGGAUUUCUUGGUGGGGUUUCUUGGGCAAUGCUAGUAGCAAGAACAUGUCAACUCCAUCCAAAUGCAUUGGCUUCUACUCUUGUGAACAAGUUCUUCUUGAUUUUUUCAAAAUGGGAAUGGCCAAAUCCUGUACUGCUGAAACAACCUGAAGAGAAUAAUCUUAAUUUACCAGUAUGGGAUCCUAGGGUCAACCCAUCAGACAGGUACCAUGUAAUGCCUAUCAUCACCCCAGCCUAUCCACAGCAGAACUCUACAUACAAUGUAUCUACAUCAACACGAGCUGUAGUGGUAGAGGAACUCAAACACGGUCUCGCAGUUACAAAUGAGAUUCUCCAAGGAAAGUCGGAUUGGCCAAAGCUCUUUGAACAACCAAAUUUCUUUCAGAAAUACAAACAUUAUAUUGUACUGACUGCUAGCACCUAUACUGAAGAGCAUCACUUAGAAUGGGUUGGCCUUGUUGAAUCUAAAAUUCGCGUGCUUGUUGGAAACUUGGAAAGGAAUGAAUUUAUAAAUAUUGCACAUGUAAAUCCGCAGUCUUUCCCUGGCAACCAAGAACACUGUAAACAGAGUCGCUAUGUGUCAAUGUGGUUUCUGGGAAUCAUAUUUAGGAAAUUGGAAAAUACAGAAAGUACUAAGAUUGAUUUAACGUAUGAUAUACAGUCAUUCACAGAUGCAGUUUACAGGCAAGCAAACAACAUUAACAUGCUAAAGGAAGGUAUGAAGAUUGAGACAGCUUAUGUGAAGAGAAAGCAUCUCCAUUAUUUUUUGCCUGCAGGAACCUUACAAAAAAGAAAGAAGCAAAGCAUACUAAAUAUUAGUCAAAAUGCUACUGGGCUUCGGUGCAAAAGGGCCUCUUCAAAUGAAAGCUUGAACAGUUCGAGAGAUGACAACUCCAGAACAUCAUAUAAUUCCUCUUCAUUAAAUAUGUUAUCUAAAUUGGACACUUCUACAGCAGAGAUGGAAAGAAAUGCCACAAUUUGGAGAAGGAAUGGUACUAACAAUAGAGAGAAGAUGACUCAUGUAGCUGUGUCACCAGUGUCCAAGGGAAUCUCCAUUCCAGUUAUUGGUUCAAAAAUGGAGGCUGCAGUUGCCAUAAGAACAUCAGGACCUCCAUCUGACUGCACCAUUCCUACAGUAAUAGGACAUAACACAGUUUCUCAACUUAGAACACGUUUUGUCCACGGACAUCAUGAACUAAGUGGGACUCAAAUUACGACUUCAAAGAGCGCUGCACCUAAGCGACCCCAUUCACCUGCUUCAAAAGAAUGUUCUAAGAGAUUAAAAGACAGAGAAAAGUUAAUUGGCCAGGAUUCAGCCUUCAAAGAUGAUGGUAAUCCAGAAGAUGUAAAGAGAAGAUCUACAGAAAAUGUUGGCCUUGGAGGAAAAAACAGGCUGAUUGCAAGUAUUGACACAUCAAGGUCACAGAGGCUCUGCAGUGAAGAACUACCAGAUUCUUCAUCUCCUGUUCCAACAAAUGGUAUUCGUAUUAUUAAAAGAUCCAUCAGACUUACCCUUAACCAGUAACCAGCAUCUUCAGGUAUUGUAAGAAACUCCUCUGUGUAGAUUUUACAAGAUCACUUGCUGCUGAGUCACUGGCUAUGGAAAUCAUACUGCUAUUUUUAAGUAGUACUGGUUUAGGCACUUGCUUCCUUUGGAACUGCUUCAUGUGUACUCUUGUAGUAGCUGUACUUAAGUCUUUUUAAAAGUCUUAAUCACUAGCUGAAACAGACUUUUGUAAAAAAAUAAAAAAAAAAAACACAAACAGCUUGUCUUGUGACUUGGAUUCAGAAUGUAUGUAAACAGGGUUGACUAGUCACUGCAACCACAUUGUGGCUUCAAGUAUGUAGGUAUGUGCUUAUAUUCAUGUGUGCUUUCCUAGUUGAUGUGGAUGUAUUGUUCUUAUCUUAAAGUAUUUUCCAGUUUGGCACAUACACCCCUGUGCAUUUGUCACAAUAAUGCUCAAUUUUGUACAGGCAGUAGUUUUCAACUGUCUAGCACAGCUGUGUACUACGCACCUAUUGUCUCUCAUAGAGGCCCAUAAAUCUUCACUAUUGAAGAAAAUGCAAUAGGACUCUAAAUAGUUACGUGUAGCAGUCUUAAAUCUGGCUCUAUAAACAUUUAUAACACUUCUUACCCAGUUAAGUGCAUUAGAGUUUUUUGGGGGUGGAAAGAAAUUAUAACUAUUGAUUAAAAAAGAACAAUCUUAUGCUAUGUUUCUACUGUAAUUUCUUUAUAAUCUGGUAUUUUUUGUAAAUGAAGUUGAAUGUCUUUUCCAGAGUAUUUUUGUAUGUAUUGUAAAUACUAUCUUCCAAAGAAAUCUAAAAUUUCGGUCUCUUGUUUCCAUAUUUAUGAAAAUGAAAAGUUCUUUUUAAAAAUUUCAAGCCAAAGGUGUGGGCAGGGGAGACAGGGACAAACACAGUGUUCUGCAAAAUGACAGUUGUGCUAGAGUCAACUUGAGUCAAUAGUGCUGCUCCACUACUGUUGAUGUUUUCCUGUCUUGAAUUAAUACACCCUGAGUGAAUAGUGCAGCUUGUGAUGUGAGUUGACAGCUGGUGUUCCAGUUUGCUAUUUGGACAGUAGAUACUCCUCUUAAAUGGAGUGCUUGUCUUACAGCAAUUCUGAGCUUUGAUCAUCUUUAGCAUUCAUAUGAAAUCUCAGUAACAAAACUUAAGGACCCUACAAAUCUUGUGAAAUCUUCCUUCUCUAACAUUAUCCUACUGCUGGUUUUCCAAACUUGCGGAGAGAGUA